AUGGCAGAAAGUCUAGAAGGAAGCAGAGAUAUGGAUUGUGAUAAGAAGAUGGAUGCAUUGGGUUACUCCAGAGAACAGUUUGACAAAUUUAUUCAUGACUACCGUGAAUCAGCUGAAUUUUCUAUCCAUAACUCGCAUGAAAGUGACACUGCGAUAGAUGUUGCAUUAAAGAAAGAUUUCAUUAAUGCAGAAAGGAAAUUAACGAAAACUUUUUAUGCCAUCAAAAAAUUACCAAAAGCAGAAACUUUAAAUGAACUGUGUUUGCGUAUCGAAUCCAUGCUGGAAAAUUUUAAAACGUUAAAGAUCGUAAAAGAGGAUAAUAAAGAAGAAUUCAGUUUGUAUAACAUUCCCCUACCGGAUUAUGAUGUUGCGGAUAUCGAAUUAUUGCUUGGCAAAGAGUUUGCAUCGACACAAGUAACACAUAAGAAUGGUUUAUCAAAAUUCAAAGACAAACUGCGGGAACAAGCUAUCGCGAAUAUCCGAAUGGCCAAAAUUCUGUUGGAGGAAUGUAAUGAAACUGUGUCUUUACACCGAGAGAAACGUAACUGUUUCGUAACAAUUUUUAUGAACCUUACCGAAAAUGUCGACAAGUCUGAGUGA